CUCAAAUAGUCUUCACAUUCAAGUAAAGUUUGUUGAAGUUGGCCACAUUGAGUGACUAAGUUGCUAACCUUCCUUCCAUUCUCUCUCUAAUCUCCUCAUCCUUAGAUUCUUAUUUCUUGGAACCAAAAAGUUUAAUUAUAUAAAUUCUAAACAAAAGGUAAACAAAGGUGGGAAAAAAGUAGGGGAAAAAUGUUACUUUUCCCUUCUUCUCAUCUUAGAAGGUGAACGGACUAUUCAUGUGUCAUUCAAUUUUUAAGUUUCUAGAGUGAAAAAGUUGAUAUUAAAUAAACAAAACAAUAAAAAAAUUACAAAAUUAUGAAAGUUUCCCAUGAGAGAAAAGAAUAAUAAGUUCAAGAAAGUAGAGGUGGGCUAAGAAGAAAGAGUUAGGAAACAGCUCAUUUAAGUCCUUUCUCUGGGAACCCACCUGUUUGGUUUGUUAUUUUUCAGUGAUUUUGGAAAAAAAUUGGUAAAGGUGUCCAAAUUCAGCUCACCCAAUAUAUGUAUAGUAAAUAGUUUACAGUAAUGUUAGCAAAAUGGGAAAGAAAGGAAGCUGGUUUUCAGCAAUUAAAAAGGUCUUUACACAUAGUUCUAAGGAGAAAGUAGCUGAUGGAAGAGAGAAGAACAGCUCAAAAGAGAAAAGGAAGAAAGGACUUGGGAAGCUAAAACAUGGAGAUGGACAUUCGUUUUUACCGUUUGUUAGAGAGCCAAGUAGCAUUGAAAAAAUACUCGGGGAGGUUGAAAGAGAGCACCAAGUUACAAAUUAUGGGCCUCCUACGCCACCUGAGAACCCGAAACCCGUAGCUCUACAUGUAACUCCUCCCCCAGUUAGACCCUCUAGCCCCCCUGUAAGAACUAAUAUCCCCCCUGUUAGAGCUGCUACCCCUCCCAGAGCUCCCACUCUGCCAAGGAGAGCUUCGCCUCCAAGGGAAACUGUUCAGUCUAUUCCACAUUCAAGGGAUGCCCCACGAGAGCCUUCCCCUCCAGCGCGAACGGUAGCUUCUCCGACAAGAGCUGCAACCCCUGUAAAUGAUACGACUCCUAAUAGGGUUCUUUCCUCAAAGUUUGUUCAAUACCGGAGGCCAGAGCCGAGCUUAAGAGAUCAGCAUGCUUGUGCUACUAAGAUCCAGGCAGUUUUUAGAGGUUAUAUGGCAAGGAGGAGUUUUAGGGCUAUUAGAGGUCUGGUGCGGCUGCAAGGAGUGAUGAAAGGGCAUAGCGUAAAGCGACAAACAGUAAAUGCUUUGAAAAGCAUGCAGAUGUUGGUUCGUGUACAAAAUCAAAUUCACUCGCGGAGGAUCCAGAUGUUGGAAAAUCAAGUACUUCAGCGGCAAGCCAUGUAUAAGAAUGAUCAAGACCUAGAGAGCAGUUUUGGCAAGUGGAUGUCGGAAAAUCAGGAGGAAUGGGAUGACAGCACACUGACUAAAGAAGAAAGAGAAGCAAGAAUGAAGCGGAAGUUUGAUGCAAUCGUUAAGAGAGAAAGAGCGAUGGCCUAUGCAUACUCCCAUCAGGUGUGGAAAUCAACUACAAGAACGGCAAACGGAGCUUUGGCAGACUUCCGGUCAGGAGGAUACCCCUACUGGUGGAACUGGUUAGAAAAACGGCAAGUACCUCCAUUGACACCCACGAACCCUCCACGAAGCCCCGCUAUGAAGAACUUCCUAGCAACCCCCACUAGAUCAGUAUCAAACUUCAAGGCUAGCCCCGUGCCUCAAUCAUGUAACCUUGGUAGUCCUAGUCCUAGGUUUGAUACUAUGGAUACCCCGACUCCAAGAUCUACUCGGUCAUCGGUUGCUCCAAGAUCAAGACACGCAAGAACCCCACCGAGUAGAUUUCAGCAAAAAACAUCGAGAGGAAGUGCUGCAACAUCACCUUUCAACGGCAGAGCAUUCAAAGACGAUGACAGCCUCAUGAGCUGCCCCCCUUUCUCUGUCCCGCGUUACAUGUCUUCUACGGUUUCUGCUAACGCUAAAUUAAAAGGAAUCCCGGAUAGUCCAAGUAGUACAAGUGAUGACCCUAGAAGGCGGAUGUCAUUUCCGUUUACUCAAGGUGGCGGAUCUUUCAAGUGGAACAAAGACAAGGAGAGUGGCUCGCCGAGCGUUUUAGGGAAGACGCAGUCAGUGCAAUCGGUAGGAAACAUGAGUGUUGAUUCUACGGUUUCUAUGCCUGCCACUGUUGGACGAAAGCCAUUUAACCGUUUUGUGUGAUUAUUUUGUCAUUUUUUUAUUUUAAUUUUCUCUUCCUAUCUCGAUUUUCUUUUACUCGCUAUGAAUUAUAUAUUCCGGAAAGAAAAAAUGUACUGUGUGCUUAAAUGUGAGUUACAUUGCUGAUGUAUACUAAUAAAGACCAUGUAGGAUGUGAUGGCUUGUAAUUACUUCCAUUGUGAAAGGGUCGGAUUCUUUGAACCUGAGUGUUUGUAUUUAUUCCCAUACUCCUUUGAUUGGUAUCCAAACAUACGCCCUACUGAAUGUUUGGCAAAAGGUUUUUGGA